AGAACUGAAAACAGUACAAGGGCAACUUCCGGUUCGAGAGACCGGAACCACCGCCUCUAGGUAUGGAUGGUCAGACUCUGCGAAAGGCUGAGAGAAGCCAGCCCUGCUCACGGGAGAGGAAGGAGAUCCUAGGCAUGAAAUUGCCUUUAAAGUGUCUCCCUUCACCUCCUGCCGCCACUCAGAAAAAGCGCUUUAUGGAGUAUGGAAUAUGAUUAGAAGAAAGAAUGGUAUGAUCGAAGAAAAGGAGGUGCCUGCAUGCUGAUCACACAAGCGCUCUCUCCAGGACAGAAGCCCUGUGGGAACUGUCCCCCCACCUGGGGACACCUGUGGAGGACCCGGGGUUGCACUAAGGACAUGGUGACAGACUUUGAUGAGAAACAUGAUGAGUAUUUAAUAUUGCUUCAGCAGAGGAACCGGAUUUUAAAGCAUUUGAAAGCCAAGGACGCGGCGCAGUUGCGACUGGAGCAUCUGGAACAGGGCUUCUCCGUCUACGUCAAUGGGGCCAACUCGGAGCUGAAGACAUCACUUCGGAAAGCCGUGCACGCAGACCCCUCCAGAAGCACCUCCCAGGCUGAGGGGAUGCAUGACUAUGGACAAAGAACCCUGCUUCGAGAAGCUGAAGAGGCCCUAAGAUGCAGCUCCCGGACCACACCCUGCAGAGUCCAGCGCCGAGGAUGGCACCAGAAAUCGGUGCAGAUCAGAACCGAAGCCGGCCCAAGACUGCACAUUGAGCCUCCUCCAGACCAUUCAGAAGAUUUCGAGCCGUGCAUGGAUGUGCCUGUCAAGGCCCAGGAUGGUUCUGGGGCUCCUUCGCAGGAGCUGAGAAAAAGCCUGGAAUUUAGUGUAAAUCUACAGAGGAAACAAAAGGAUUGUUCUAGUGAUGAAUACGACUCAAUUGAGGAAGACAUCCUCUCUGAGCUGGGGCCUGAGGACCAGGAGCUGCCAGGCUGUCCCAGAGAUGGCCCUGCUCUUUUCAGUGGGGACUCAGGACCAAAGAGCUCUUCUGAGGACCAGGAGCCGGACGCACAGCCUCCCUCGGGCCCAGACACCCUCAUGGUGCUGGAAUUUAACCAGACUUCCAAAGGUAAUAGGCGGGAGAGGAAUUUGCCUGCCAAGCAGAAAGACAAUGCUGAGGUCUUCAUUCCCAGCAAACCUGAGCCGAAGCUGUACUCUCAGCCGCCCGCCGUAUUCCCAGGCCAGGAGAGAGUGUGCUCCAGACCUGGCAGCCGCCGAGAAAGACCCCUGUCAGCACCCCGCAAGCCCAUGUGCACUGCCGAGGACCGAGAGGAAGACGCAUUGGCCGUGCUCCGAGCCAUCCAGGUGGAGAAUGCUGCCCUGCAGAAGGCGACCCUCUCCAAAAAGGCUGAGCCACCUGCCGGGCCCCUGGAGGACACAGAGGAACCACCAGCCAAGCCCUGGACCAGUCUGCUCAAGGCCAAGGAGGAAGCCCUGCAGUUGCUUCCUGCUGCCGCCGCCGUGUCCACGGUGCCUGAGCCGCCCCAGACAGCAGGGGGAGGCCACACCGCCCACCAAGCCCUCAACGGGAUUGGCCUCUCGGGAAGCAGACAACAGCAGAAGCUUCUGGAAGUCCUGCAGACCACUGGAGGUGACCCUGCCCAUCCCAGAGAGGUCACUGCACCAAGCGAGGAGCAAGCACUGGACACAGAGGAUGAGUGGAGACUGAGAGCAGAAGAGAUCAAAGAUGCUGUGUACGUGACCAUGGAAAUCACGUCCAACUGGGGCAACCCGUCAUGGGUGGGUCUCACAGAAGUUGAGUUCUUUGACCUGAGCAACACGAAGCUCUGCGUGUUGCCCCACGACGUGGACGUCCAGAAUACCAUCGCGCCCAGGGAGCCAGGCUCCCUGGUCAACAGGAAUGCAGCUAGCAAGAAGGAGCCCUUGACGUGGACCUGCCCCUUCCACCCACCGCUGCGGCUCUUUUUUGUCAUCCGCAACACAGGACGGCUGCAUGACCUUGGUCUGGCCACGAUCAGGGUCUGGAAUUACUGGGCCGCAGAUGGGGAUCUUGGCAUUGGUGCCAGGAAUGUGAAGCUUUAUGUCGGCAGACACCUCAUCUUUGAUGGCGUGUUAGACCAAGGAGGCCCAGGGGGCCCGGCGGAUCUCACCAUCCCGGUUGGCCCACAGAAGGAGAGGAAUGCGAGUGCCGAGGGCAGCCCAAGUGCCUGUGGGGGAGAGCACAGACCUGUCCCUGCGGCCACUGGCACGGAUGGGGACCUGAAGCUCAGCCACAGCUGCUCGCAGCCAGCUGAAGCUGUAGUGGAUGUGAAGCCUUCUUCACGAGGAACUUCACUUGGCAAGAAGAUGAAUUCAACUAACUGCAUGAAAGACAGUUUGUCCACGUUGGAGGAGGAUUUAAGGUUGCUGGCAGCCCCGGCCUCCAUGGAUGAGGUGCCCAGUGCACUUCCCUCCUCCCCACCAAAGCCACGCGCUCCUCUGGACGUGCAGCCCACUCCGGUCCGACAGCUGGAUGACCUCACGGGCAGGAAGACCUCUGAGCUGCCAAGGAAAACCCCGUGCUGGUUGCAGCCCUCUCCCACGGCCAAGGACAGGAAGCAGCGGGGGAAGAAGCCCAAGCCCCUCUGGCUUGGCCCUGAGGAGCCGCUGGACUGGAAAGGCAGGCUCCCACCCAGCCAGGCCAUGCUUGGGGGUCCUGGGGAGCCUGGGGCCGAGGACAGAAGCUCCUGGCAGGAACAAGGGCGGAGGACCAGCUGGAGUGUCAUCGCUGGGGAGAGACCCCAGAGGGCGGCCCCCCAAGUCGGCGGUGAUGACUUGGACUUCUUUACCCAGCCCCGUGGCAGAGAGCGCCCUGCUAGCGGGCGGAGGGCCCCGAGGAAGGAGGCUGUCGGCAGUGGCAGUCACGGCGAUGCCCAGCCGGCCGGUGGAGAAGACACCCGGGCCUCCAAGACACCUUUACGAUUGAGGUGGCAUAGCAAGCAGGAGCACACACUGCGUGAGUCGUGGGACUCCCUCAGUGCCUUCGACCGCUCACACCGGGGCCGCAUCUCCCACCUGGAGCCCCAGGGGGACAUCUUGGAUGAGUUCCUGCAGCAGCAGAGGAGUGGCCGGCCGAGGGCCCAGCCACCACCCUGCAGGGACGGGGAGCUGGAGCCGUCUAGGGGGCAAGGCGACCUCUCGGAAGAGACUGACGGCAGCGACGACUUCAAAAUCCCUGUCUUGCCUCAGGGACAGCACUUGGUCAUCGACAUCCGGUCCACGUGGGGUGACAGGCACUAUGUCGGCCUCAAUGGAAUAGAAAUCUUCAGUUCCAAGGGGGAGCCGGUGCAGAUUUCAGCCAUCACAGCAGAGCCCCCCGACAUCAAUGUUCUGCCAGCAUAUGGGAAAGACCCCCGGGUGGUCACCAACCUCAUCGACGGGGUAAACAGGACCCAGGACGAUAUGCACGUCUGGCUGGCCCCCUUCACGCCAGGCCAGCCCCACUCCAUUUCUGUCGACUUCACGCACCCCUGCCAGGUCGCCCUGAUCAGGGUUUGGAAUUAUAACAAAUCCAGGAUCCAUUCCUUCCGAGGUGUGAAGGACAUCGCAAUGCUGUUGGACGGGCAGUGCAUCUUUGACGGAGAGAUCGCCAAGGCUUCUGGGACCCUGGCAGGAGCCCCGGAGCACUUCGGAGACACCAUCCUGUUCACAACUGAUGACGACAUCCUUGAGGCCAUAUUCUGUUCGGAUGAGACCUUUGGCACUGACGUGGACAGCCUGUGUGACCUGCAGCUGGAGGAGGCGCUGCGGAGGCCCAGCACAGCGGACAGCGAGGCCCAGGAGCGGCCCUUCACCCAGGCGGGCUCCGGCGUGGAGGACUGGACCCCAGGGCUAGAGCUGCCGCCUAGUGCCCCGGUCCCCGAAGCCACCACGCCGGCACCAGGCAUCUACCACGGGAUCUGCCUUCAGCUGAACUUCACAGCCUCCUGGGGGGACCUGCACUACCUGGGCCUCACUGGCCUGGAAGUGGUGGGCAAGGAUGGCCAGGCCCUGCCCAUCCACCUGCAGCAGAUCUCUGCCUGCCCCCGAGACCUGAAUGACCUUCCCGAGUACACUGCUGACUCCCGGACCCUGGACAAACCUGCAAGGCCGUGGGGCCUGGCCGCUGCCUGGAGGUGUGAACAAGGAAAGUGGAAGAGAGCCUGGGCAGGGAGUUCAAGUCCUGUCUGUGCCACCUAUGAGAUUCUUAACCUCUCCAGUAAUGGUGGUGAUGACAACAACAGUAGUAAUUGAUGUUAUAGAAACCACGUUCUGAACACUUACUAAACAGUAAGCACUGGGGUGUCCUAAGCGGUUACAGGUAUUCAUUCAUUUACCUUCAACUUAGGGUAAGCACUAUUAUUCUCACCCCUACUUUACCGAUGAGGAAUUUGAGAUGCAGAAGGUUAGAGAGGCCAGAAGUCACUAGACAUGUUAAGAGAUUUGAGUGCAGGCCCAGGGUGUACCCAUACCCAGGCACUUAAGCACUUCGUGAGCUGCUUUGGAUUCUCAUCAGUAGAAGGGGGCGCAUGUCUUCCCUGGCUGGGGGUCCGAAAGGGGAUCGUCACUUUGCAUCCAUGCCCUUUGGCUUGGCCUGUAUCGAUGAGUGCAUGUAGGGCCAGUGAUAGGCUCCUGCUUGCUUCCCUUUAAGUGGCUUCUCACUGAGGCCCACAUCCCCUGCUGGCAUUGACUGUGCAUGGGCCACUCUGACCUCUGGAUCCUGGCAGUUCACCCAGAGCCCACGGACCUGGCUCCUGGCUGGCUGCAAAGGUGACCCAUACCCAGCCAGCUGGUUCACCCUCCCCUGUGCACCACCCCGCUGUCCAGGUAUCUUGCAGCGUGUCCCGGGCCUGCUCAUAAACGGAGGUCCCAGGCCUCUCUAACAUUUCUGUAUAUAUUGCUCAUCAAUAGGACUUUCAAAGGAAACACAAUCUUGGUAUCAUCAUCACACCUAAAAAUAUUAACCCAGUGGCUCUGUAAACUAUCAGAUGUCCAGCACAAUGGUCUUUCCAUCUCUUACAGUUUGCUCACUUGAAUUGAGAUCCAGAUAAGAUCCAUGGGUGUGAUUGGUUGAGCCAUCUCUCCAGCUUCCUGCUAGGGCCCCUUCUGUUUCUUUCCUUUUUUUCUUGUAAGUCAUCUGUAGAAGGAACCAUGCUUUCUUGCCCCAUGGAGUCUGGGUUUUACCCGUACAUCCCUGUGUUGUUUAACCUAUGCCUCUAUUCCCUGUAUUCUGGGCAAAUUGUUACUUAGUUCUGGAGAUCUGAUCAGGGGGCGGUUUGAAUGCUGGGGCAAGACAGCAGUGUAGAGGUUGCUGUGUGGCCGUCAGGGUGUGUGUACUGUGCGGUUGCCACGCCGGUAGUGACAGUGUUGGCCGGUCACGCUCAGGGCCAGGCUCAUUCACUCAUUCACUUGUCUUCUUCUUAUUAUUAUUUUUUUGCUUAAAUUCUUUUAUUGGUACAUUUUCGGUAUACAAUAUGUUUACAUCUAUCAUUGGGUGCUUGUACCUAUACCUGAUGCAUCUUGGUUCUUAUUUUUUCCCCAUUCCCUGUGCAUCCUUCACCCCCUCCACCCUUCCCUAUUUACACAGACUUCGUUUCCAUGUUUUCUCCUCUCGUAAUUUUUCCUUUCCCUUCUUUCCUUUCCCCUUCCCCUCCCACCACCUCUACCCGUUUGAACCUUGCUUGUCUUCGUACGCCUUUUUCCAUUUAUUUACCGAAAUGAUUGCGAUAUUUCCCUAAAACUGGUUAUUCUGUGGGAUAAUUCAAAUAAGAACAGCAGCCUUGACUCUUGCCUUGAUUCUUUCCUUUUCCCCCUCAGUUUUCAGAAUAACAAUGUUUUCAAAUGUUUUUCAGUCUCAUUAUAGACUUACAAUUUAGGUGUGCUGUGCUUGGAGGAUUUUAAUCCACUGCUCUUUUUGUCUUAUUGAUGCUCAGAUUGCCCCCUCUUGGACGCUGGGAGCUUCUAAGUCUAUUUAUUUAUUUAUUUAUUUAUUGUACUGGGGCUCGAACUCAGGACCUUGCGCUUGCGAGGCAGGUACCAGAACCACUGAGCUAAAUCCCCGGCCCUAUCUAUUUAUUAUUAUGAUGCUGGAGAUCAAACCCAGGGCCGUGUGCAUUCAGGCAAGUCCUUUACUACUGAGCUACAGCCCCACUCUGCCCGAGUUCUUUCAAAAUAACCAUGUCUGGUUGCCUCCCUGCCUUCGAUGUGACAAGAUGCCCCAGGCUCAUCUUGUGUAUGUCUUGGCGCAGACCUUCACUCAGCCUUUUCUCCAAGAAGCUCUGGUGGUGGUGGAGGCCAAUGGUAUUUAGAGACCACAGCUGAGCCCCAAGGGUGCUCUUGGCUGCUGGGUCGGCCGUGGUGCCUCUGCCUUUGUGAGUAGUUCAGGCCUCCUUUACGGUCACUUCUUGGUGCUUCAGCAGUUCUCUGCUCUCAGAAUGAAGCAGCCAUGUUGCAGUGGAAGUGGCCCCAUUUCUAGGACAGAAAAGUAAUUGCUUUGGGAAGGAAAUAGAAGGUUCUCUGGUGUUAGCACUCAGUCAUCUUAGCUCCACAAACACCCAGUGUCAGAGUGCUGAAUUUCCUCAGUGUUAAGAUGCCAGUAGUUGUGAGACACACCAUCCAUCAAUUUAAUAACAGCUUUUUGGAGGAGAAAAAAAUUACAUUACCUCCUGGGAUGAACACUUAGAUUGCAGGACUUAUUCCAAACCCAAAACUUUAACAUGUGAAAGGAAAAAAAUUUUAUUUGCAAAUUUAGAAAACGUGGCAGCAGCCUGGCUCUCCCAGUACAGUGGGAGUCUGUGGUGUGGGCUGAGGGAGGCUCAGGACAUGGGAAGAAGGGGAAGGCCCACAAUGGCGGGGUCCUCCUGGGGCUGGGGCCGCGGGGCUGGAGAGCAAGGCAGGGUGGCCAGGAGAGAGACGGCCCUCAGCACCCGCAGAGCCUGGGAAGGGCCCGGGGUGCCGCUCCUCCUGUGACUGGGCUUCCCGGGGUUCCCAGCCCAUGGCACUGGCACGGUCGGCCCAGUCCUGCUCUCAGGGUCACCACCUCCUCCUGCCCUUGUCCAGCCAAGGGCCACCUUGUCCCCCGGUGUCCUCCACCUUUCUGCCUCACCCAAGAAAGAAGGGUUUGUGUCUCUCAAAAUGCAUCAUGACGCCAAUGCAGAAAUCUCAGAAAGUCUCGGAGUCAGAGAAAAAACCCACCUCUCAGCCCUCUGUCCCGUGUUCCUCACUUUGGCUCAGUCUCUCCCAGCCUGGUCCCUGGUGCCCAGGGUCGUAGUCGGUGUCCCCGCCGUCCUGUGGCUCCCCUGUCCUGUGUUAUCACAGAGCCUCCUGAUUGCUCAGUUCCGAUUUACUUAACCAUUUCCCUGUUCUGAGAUAUUUUAGGUGAUCCUGAGCAUGUGUGUGUGUGUGUGUGUGUUUGUGUGUGUGUGCGCGCGCGCACCCUUGCAUUGCCAGUAUGCAUAACUCUAAUCAAUGUCUUUGUGCAGAUGACCUUUCCAAUGUGCGGAAUAAAUUCUCCACAGGGGCAAAGAAAUCCCAGAAGUGGGAGUGUGGGCUAAAGGGCCCUGAAAUAUUGCAUGUUUCCCUGUUCUUUCUUUAACCCCAGUGGUUGCUUCACUGGGCCUUUAUCAGCACUGGCUGUUCUGAGUUCUUUUUCCCUUCUUAACAUUUUGUCUAAUUUAUGGAUGAGAGGGCCCUGUCACUGUAGAUCGCUUUAGCCACAGCUGUGGCCAAAGCUGCUGCAGCCUCUGCAUGGGGCCUGGCGGAGGAGUAAGGGGCGAG